AAUUAGCCUACCGAGUCCCUGUCGGCAUGCAAUUGCAAUUUUUCGAAAACGAAUAAUAUUUUUGUAAUUUUUCAUUAAAUUAAUAUUAUUAAAAAAACUCUCCCACUUCCACCUGUAGACUGUUGUCACACACCACCACGACCCUGCCUCCUUGAACCCUCGCCCAUCCAAACCCCUCCGACGCCGGCGGCGGCGGCGACUAUGGCGAAGGGGGCGCGGCUUCCCGAUGGGCGUCUCUUACCCGGUUCAUGUAUUCCUGCAAUUCCGCCACUGUGGCUUCGACAAACUUCUGAACAUGACCAAUCUGCAACUGUUCUAGUAUUCGAUAUAGAGACUAUUGGUUUUCUCCAUGAGGAUCAUAGAAUCAUCGAGUUUGCACUCCGUGAUCUUUCUGGAGGAAAGAAUUGCACAUUUGAGACUCUCAUUAAUCCUGAAUGGAACGUUCCCAAAUUCACUGCAGCUGUCAACAAAAUUAGCACCGAUUUGGUCUGCAGGCCUGAUAUCCCAAGGUUCUUUGAUGUACUUCCAGUACUACUAGCAUGUGUUCGAAGUCGCCAAGCUCCUGGCAAGCCAGUUCUGUGGGUUGCUCAUAAUGCAAAACGAUUUGAUGUCCCUUUCCUUACCCAAGAGUUUGGCCGUUGUUCAGCCCAGGUUCCCACAGAUUGGCUGUUUGUUGACAGUCUUUCUUUAGCAAGGAAAUUGAAGAAAUCAGAUGGAGAUAAAAAUCUUGUAAACUUGGAGGUGCUGGGAAAACGCUAUAGCAUCUGUGCCGAAGGCCCUUCUCAUAGAGCAAUGCCAGAUGUGACAGCGUUAUGCCACAUUUUCCAGAAAAUCACUUUGGAUUUAAAAUUGACAAAUGACGUUCUCAUGAAUGAGGCCAUCAGGUUCAGCGAUAUCAGAAAGGAUAAGUGGAUAACCAUCUCCUUCACAUAGCUGGAUGUUGUUGCCUAUGGUGUAGCAUAUCAAAUUCUCAAUGAUCAUAGCUUUCUUGUAUUGAAAGACCUAUGAUGUGAACUGAACCAUCAAUAUUUUCUCAGCAUCACAGAACAAUAGCUGAACCAUUUGUAUUGACAUUUGGUAGUCUUUAUGCUUCCAUGGUGACUUGAUUGCGGACACCAAGUGUAGGAAUAGGAUGGAAUUUUUUUGAUUAUUUUAACUUGCUUUAGUUUUACUCACGAACUGAUGUGAAGAAAACUUAGUUCUGCUUAUUCUAGGAUGGUAAUAUGCCGUUUAAAAUCUUUAAAACUUGCAGGAACAUUACACUUUGCUGAAGUUUUUUUGAAUGCUCUAUUCAGUCCACUAGACGAUAUAUUUUAUCGGUAACCUCUGGUUCUCCAGCGGUAAUAUUUCGGUCUUUCUAGUCAUCUUUUCGCAUAGCAUGCAUCAUAGUAUCAUACCCUUACGUUUCCACUCACUUUUUGGUAUUGAUCGAAUAUUGCACUUGGGGCUGGAUUUAUCAAUUGAUUGGCCCAUCACACAACUGGCCAAAGUGCACGAUUGGCAUAUAAGUGUUUCAGCCUAGAAGUGAGGCAUCUAUAAUCUGUACUUAUUACCAUAAUGUAGAGACGAUGGUACCUUUUUUUUUGCAGGAUGUAAUUGAUUACGGAUAAAGUUUCGUUGUAGUCACUUUCAUCUUGACGUCCUCUAAUGACUAAGUAUAGCUGGUCUGCAAUGAAAUUGAAAAGGGCCUCUUUUUUGUUGCUGCCACUUGCAAACAUUUUAGAUGCAUUUGGUAUUAUAGGAUAUCUAUAAAUUAUCGUACUACCCAUAUUUCUUUGUUUGGGCUACAAAUAUUUUAUGAUUGUGUUAACUCAGAUGCGAUCGUGCAACCAACCACCUGUUUGGAGCUCUUCUUUCUGGUAUGGUACAAAAUGCUUUGUCACUAUAUCCUGGUUCAUUUGAAUUGGGUACUCUGAAUGUGGUUGAGCUUCAGCGUUUUCCCAUUCAUCUCUUGUAGCUCACUGUGCAGUGCGGCUUUUGGUUCCACUCACUUGUUGCACUUGAUUGAAGAUUGCACUACAGGACUUUAUAAUUGGUUCGUCUUUGUACUAACCAGCCCUUGAUGGCCACAUGUUUAUCAUGGUUUGUUGCGAAACAUUGAUCGGUUAAAAAUAUUGGGAACUGAUGGUUGGCCAUAUGUGGC